AUGUCAACAAUCCUGAGUUUAAGACAGUUUAUCAACGAGAGGUUACACACUGCUGCUGAAGACAUAUUUGGAUGUUUUGAAGCGACUGUCGCAAAGUACGAGGAUGAGAUCGGUCGUCAGCGCAGACUGCUGGAUGUAACUUUGAAACCUGUAGUAGAGCUGCAGAGAAAAGAGCUCCCACAGCGACAUGUCUGUGUCAAGGAAGAGUUUCCUGCUGACCUGCUGGAGAGGAACCCCAGUCCAGACCAAGAGGAGCCAGAACCUCCACAGAUUAAGGAGCAGAAGGAGGAGCACUGCAUCGAGCUCCCAGAGCAACAUUUUCUGAUUGAGGAUGAGUUUCCAUCUGACCAGCAGCUCUGGAACUUUGAGAGGAACCCCAGUCUGGACCAAGAGGAGCCAGAACCUCCACAGAUCCAUUUGUUGAUUCCUACUUUCAUGGAAAGUGACCACAGUGAACCAGAACCAAGUGACCACCAGCUCCUCUCCCACAGCUCAGCUCAGAGCCAAGAUCUCAGAGGAGGCCUGCAUGGAAACUCAAAAUCAGUAAGAAAUGCAGAGCAGGCAUCAGAAAAGGGACAUCCUGUCAUCACAAGAGCAAAAGGGAGGACAAGUCCCAGUAACCUUGCAUGUAGCGCUACCAUGUCAAAGAUUGUUCCGAAUAUCUGCAAGAGUAAAAAGGUUUUCCAGUGUGACACUUGUGGAAAAGUCUUUAAGUCAAAGUCAUUAUUAAAUGUACAUCUGAAGGUGCACACAGGUGAGAAACCAUAUCUUUGCCAAACCUGUGGAAAGAGAUUUGGGUACAAGUCAGUACUAGAAACACAUGUGAGAGUCCACACAGGGGAGAAACAGCAUUCUUGCGAAAUGUGUAGAAAAAGUUUCACAACUAGCACAAAUUUGAAGAUCCACGAGAGGACGCACACGGGCGAGAGACCUUUCUCCUGCAAAACUUGUGGGAGAAGUUUUAGCCAGAGAACUACCCUGCGGGACCACGAGAGAACACACACAGGCGAGAAACCUUUUACUUGCAAAACUUGUGGGACAAGUUUUACCAUUAGAAGUAACCUGCAGGUCCACGAGAGAACACACACAGGCGAGAAACCUUUUUCUUGCAAAACUUGUGGGCGAAGUUUUAGCCAGAGAACUUCCCUGCAGGACCACGUGAGAACGCACACGGGCGAGAAACCUUUUUCUUGUAAAACUUGUGGGAGAAGUUUUACAACUAGAAGGAACCUGCAGGUCCACGAGAGAAUACACACUGGCGAGCAUUAUUUCAAAUCUCAAGAUGAAUUUCCAUCACACUAGCUAGCAGUUAACUUGUUUUCACAUAACCAGAAGGGGGCAGUAUAAUAGACAGGUGCUUUCUACAACGAAACAACAAAGAUUUUCAACUCAUAAAGGUAAAUGGAGAAAGUGUUGUUUCAAAUCUUCUCACAGAAGAAAUAAGGGAACAAUGUCACAGUGAAAUAAGAUUGGAAACAUACGGUUCAUAGAAAUACAAUUUCUUUAUCAGAUAAAAAAUGUGUUACACUGAGUCACUUGAUUUCUCUGAUUUGUGGAAAUAUGUUUGUACAGAAGUGAAACUGUUGAGGCAGCAUUGUUUUUUUUUUAUUGUCAUGAUCAGUGUGAAAUAAAUUCAUUUUCAAA